UCAAAGGAACAUUCUUAAUUGGAUUGUCACAUCGUUCUCAUUGACUCAAGAAAUCUAAAAUGCUACAAGGAAGAUAGAACUAUUUCCGCUGAAGUCCAUUCUUGCAAACAUUUUAAUCUGUUAAGUAACUCAAUAUAAAACUUAUUGAGUCAUUUUACAAGACUCUGACUUCAAAGCAAUCAACUUAGUUAUGAACCCGCCCCGCCCGCCGUAUGAGUAAUUUUGUUCUUUACCACUGUUUCUUGAUGACGUCAAAGCACUUCGAAUGUUGGUCCCACCCUAGUUUACCUCUGUGCUUUUCUUGGUUACGCCGAUUAGAUUAGAAGUGCUUGUUCGUGUAUUCGGUGCAAUUUUAUCAAAUUUAGUAGUAGUAGUUUUAUUUGGAUCGAAUUUGCAAGCAAGAACGUCGCAGGAAGCUGCAAGUCAAAUGUAACAAGUAAAAGUGACGUAUACUCUACAAAAGCGCUUCUGUAGUUUCAUUUGACAUUUCGUGUAAUACUACGAAACGGAAUUGAAGUGAUAAUUGAAGAAUGGCAGAUCACUUUGCUCCAAUUACCUUAAAAUGGGAUCCAAAGAAUUUGGAGAUCCGCACAAUGUCGGUGGAAAAAACAUUGGAACCUCUCGUUUUACAGGUCACUACAUUAGUAAAUACCAAAGGCCCAUCAAAAAAGAAAAAAGGUAGAUCAAAACGUGCUCACGUUCUGGUGGCAGCUGUGGAAAAGGCUACAGAAAACUUUAUUGAGAAAGGUGAAUUAAUUGCCUAUGAAAAUCCAGAUAUUAAACAAGAAAUGUUAUCUGCAGUAGAGGAAGUACGGAAAACGGGUGAAUCCAUGAGUAUUGCAGCCCGAGAAUUUGCUGAUGAUCCUUGCUCAUCUCUCAAAAGAGGAAAUAUGGUUCGUGCUGCCCGAAACUUGCUUUCUGCAGUUACUAGACUUCUAAUUUUGGCAGACAUGGUGGAUGUGCAUUUAUUACUGAAGUCCUUGCGUGUUGUGGAAGAUGAUUUGGAAAAAUUAAAGAACGCUUCUAGCCAAUCAGAACUUUUGGACAAUAUCAAGGCAUUUGGUCGCAAUGCUACUGAGCUCAUGAGUCAGGCUGCAAAGCGGCAGCAAGAACUGAAGGAUCCACAAUUGCGAGAUGACCUUGCAGCUGCUCGAGCAGUUCUCAAGAAACAUUCCACCAUGCUACUCACUGCCUCCAAAGUUUAUGUUCGCCACCCAGAGUUAGCUGCUGCUAAAGCCAACCGUGACUAUGUUUUUAAGCAAGUGUGCGAGGCUGUGAACACAAUAUCAGAUGUGGCCCAGGGCAAGGGACCAGCCAUCCCGCAACACCCGUAUGAUGGGCCUGGAGAACUGGCUGCUGCACUGGAUGACUUUGAUGAACAUGUUGUCAUUGAUCCUCUCACGUAUAAUGAGGUGAGGACCCGUCCUUCACUAGAAGAGCGCUUGGAGAGCAUCAUCAGUGGGGCUGCUUUAAUGGCUGACUCAUCAUGUACACGUGACGAACGGCGAGAGCGGAUUGUUGCGGAGUGCAAUGCUGUUCGCCAGGCUCUCCAGGACCUCCUUUCGGAAUACAUGUCUAAUCUGCAAGGUGGCCGUGGUGGCAAGCGUGGGGAACGGAUGGGCACAAAGGAACAGAGUGAAGGAUUGGAGCGUGCCCUGGACCAUAUGUGUCGCAAAACACGCGACUUACGUCGGCAGCUGCGGAAGGCUGUUGUGGACCAUGUGUCUGACAGUUUCUUAGAGACAAAUGUACCUUUAUUGGUACUAAUUGAAGCUGCUAAAGCUGGCAAUGAGAAGGAAGUUGAAGAAUAUGCAUUGGUAUUCACAGAACAUGCUAAUAAGUUGGUGGAGGUGGCUAACUUAGCUUGUAGUAUGUCGGGAAAUGAAGAUGGUGUGAAAAUGGUUCGAUAUGCAGCUGCUCAAAUAGAGAACUUGUGUCCUCAAGUGAUCAAUGCUGCCCGUAUCUUGGCUGCUCGACCUCGUUCCAAAGUUGCCCAAGAGAACAUGGAUGUUUUCCGUGAUGCCUGGGAGAAUCAAGUCCGCAUUUUGACCGAGGCAGUUGAUGAUAUAACAACCAUUGACGACUUCCUUGCCGUAUCUGAAAACCAUAUACUAGAAGAUGUGAACAAAUGUGUGUUGGCCCUGCAAGAAGGUGAUGCAGAUACACUUGAUCGCACUGCAGGAGCAAUUAGAGGACGAUCAUCAAGGGUGUGCAAUGUUGUGGGAGCUGAGAUGGACAACUAUGAGCCAGGCAUAUACACUGAGCGAGUGUUAGAGGCAGUGAAAGUCUUGAGAGACCAAGUAAUGCCCAACUUUGCCCAGCGUGUGGAAGUUGCUGUUGAUGCCCUUUCUUCUAAUCCCCCUAAGGAUGUAGAUGAAAACGAGUUCAUAGAUGCAUCAAGGCUAGUUUAUGAUGGUGUUCGUGAAAUACGUCGUGCUGUCCUCAUGAAUAGGGCAAGGGCAGUGUGUGUUUGCCAGCUGCUCAAGGUUGGGUCCUUGGGCACCUGGUUGACCUGUCGCAUGUGGGGAGGGACUAACCUGCUCUUGUUUUCUCUUCAGACGGAUGAGGAACUGGACCCUGAGGAUGUUGAGUUUGAUGAGCAUUACACCAUAGAGACCAGGAGCAAAUCGAGUGCACACACUGGAGAACAUGGUGUUGAUGAGUAUCCUGAUAUUAGUGGAAUUACUACAGCAAGGGAGGCUAUGAGAAAGAUGACAGAGGAAGAUAAGCAGAAAAUUGCUCAACAAGUGGAAUACUUCCGCAGUGAGAAACUGAAGUUUGACCGUGAGGUGGCAAAAUGGGAUGACACUGGAAAUGACAUCAUUGUUCUUGCUAAGCAUAUGUGCAUGAUAAUGAUGGAAAUGACAGACUUUACUCGAGGUCGGGGUCCUUUGAAAACUACAAUGGACGUUAUUAAUGCUGCUAAGAAGAUCUCUGAAGCUGGAACAAAACUUGAUAAAUUAACAAGGCAGAUUGCUGAUCAAUGCCCAGAAUCUUCUACAAAGAAAGAUCUUUUGGCCUAUUUGCAGAGAAUUGCCCUGUAUUGUCAUCAAAUGAACAUUACUUCUAAAGUAAAAGCAGAUGUUCAGAACAUCAGUGGAGAGCUUAUUGUUUCUGGGUUGGAUAGUGCUACUUCACUCAUUCAAGCAGCAAAGAACUUGAUGAAUGCUGUAGUGUUAACUGUCAAAUGUUCAUAUGUAGCAUCCACAAAAUAUCCUCGACAAGGCACUGUUGCUUCACCCAUUGUUGUUUGGAAGAUGAAGGCUCCAGAGAAGAAGCCGUUGGUGAGGCCAGAGAAACCGGAGGAAGUGAGGGCUAAGGUUCGCAAAGGUUCUCAGAAGAAAGUGCAGAAUCCCAUUAAAGCACUGAGUGAAUUCCAAAGCCCUACUGAAUCAAUAUAAGGAGGAGUGUUUGAAGAAGUUAGAUAAGGUACUAUGGGUGAGCACAAAGAUAAUUAUUUAUAUUUUCACGCCAAGGAGAGAUUUGUUGACUUGUUUUUGCGCUUCCUGUUCUCCCUAUCAUGGAAGGUAUCUCUGGACCUUGAUUUUUACCAUGAAAUUUGAGUAAGAGUUGAAUGAAUUUUCAGAGAUGCAUGUAUUAGAAAUGAAAGUGUGUUCUGCUCUCCUCUGCCUAAGUGUGCCCAAUGUUGUACUUAAUCUCCAAUAUUUUUGUAGUUAAUGUGAAAACCUUGGGUACCAGGGCAAUGGACUCGUGCAUUCCUGAUUAUUCUGAUAAUUAUAUUCUUAUUGUGCACUGUUUCUGCCCUAUUUCUAAGAGCACAAAUUUAAUCUGUUUUUCUCUAAUCAGCAAUUCCAUAAGAAAAAGCUCAUCCUUUAGUGAAUUCUAAAGAGAGCUACCAUUCCAAGAAAAUCAUUUUCUUGAUCAUUCGUGUUAUCAAUGUUAAUUGGGCAGCUAAUUUAUUUUCUGUUAUGAAGAGUAUUUUUAACCCAUACGUUAUUUCAAUAUUGUAUAUGUAUCUAAUGAUUGUGAUGGCAUUAUAGCGUAAGAGAUAAGUUUGAGAAUUCCCAUUGGCCUGAUUUUCUUCAUGUGUAACCUGAAUUUUUAUAAUUCUAUCUUCAUGCUUGCAUUUUUGUGUACACUGAGAGUGCUCUUUUUUAUGAGAAUAGCGCAAGACCUUUUCUCAUGUCUGGUAUGUCUGUGAGUAUUCAGUGUUAGAGAAAUGGCAACUUGUGAUGUUGGUAGAACUUCCUUUGUAUUUUAGCCUAGUCAUUAGCAGAAAUUAGUAGAAAAUUACACUAUACAUACAUAUAUAUUUCAACCUUGAAGUAUUUUAUUCAAUUGUACAAGGACAUUAAUAGUUUCUCUUCCCAUGAGUAGAUUUCAUGAGGUCUAGUGGCAGCUGUGUCUGAUUGUUGAUUGAGGUUUCUGGUAAUCAAUAAACAGGACCAAAGUGGAUUUGUGCAAAAUGUGGUGGUGGCGGCAGUGGCAGCGGCAGAGUUCAACUCUAAUAAAGGUGAAAAUAAUAAGAAAGUCCAGUAUAGUUUGUACAUUCCACAAACACAUCAUGAAUGGAUUCUGGUAUUCAUGUUUGCUGACCUGAAUGGCAGUACUUCUCUUCCAGUUCUAUUCGGCUUUGCAUGUGUAUCAAUGCCCCUAUUUGAAUAAACUUAAUUGGGCUUACUGUUAUUUUCUCAAGGUGUCAUUUGAAUGAAAAGAUAAUUUUGUGUGAUAAUAACGUGUUCCUCUGGGUUAUGAAUAUUGAUAGUUUAUCUUACUUAAGUAAUUGACCUCUUUCUUCAAAUUGCUCUCUGCAGUUAGUAAGGAAAAGAGGUCAUUGAACAAGUGUAUUUAAUCUGUGGGAACAUACUCGCUCAGCUUCAUUUAGAUUGUCUCUUGCUGUUAAGUCUUCAGAAAAUGAUUGCAUUGAGACCAGUCUAAGAAAUGUUUCUUAGAAACAUUACUCAAAAAUACUUUCAAAAAUAUUUUUAAAUGUAAAUUAAAAGCCAAAAGUAAUACUAGUCUUGAAAUGGUAAUUGACUACUUGUAUAUGAAUGAUUUUUGACAUUUUCUGCUAAGGCUGCAGCACUCAUCCAGACUGCAGUUGUGGUCUGGAGCAACUUGGAAGUUGAAGUUUGGAUGUAUGGAAAUUGUGACAAUUUGUUGUUAAACCUAACAAAACUUGUUUUAAUUUAUACUUUAUGGUUUCUUUGAAAUUAUUAAUAUCUUCAUUACCAUUCACUUAUUUAUUGUUUUUUGAGUGAUAGUGAUGUAAUGUUUAAUACCAGAAUCUUAUCAUGUUUACUUACUGUUUUUGAAAUUCAUGAUUGGACAUGCUGAAUGAUGUAAGAGUGGUAUGCAUUUAAAAUACAUUUGUCUUGAAACCUCAGAAUGCAACUUGGGAACUUGUUGUGAAUGAUGUAGACUGAAUAGGAGGGGUGAAUAUUUUGUAUUACUUCCUGUAACUUAAAUGAUUUUAAUGAAAUUAUUUUUAUUGUAGAAUUAAAUUACAUACUUGUAUUUCCUUUUGUAUUAUUCUUUGAGUGCUCAUCAAGCACACAGAACAUGCUGCACUGUGAAGUGGAUAAUCAGUGUGACAUAUCAGUGAAUUGUGCUUUCCAGUUGUAUUUUUCACUGAGCUGUCAGCAGUUGUGUGUGCUUGUGUUGAGAACAUAUAAUAGAAAUGUAAAAUCAUUUUGUAUUAAAUACAUUACCUGCAAACAAUGCAUGCAUUUUACAUUGUAUUCCAAACACCUUCCAAUUGCCCUUACAAUUAGU